AUGGACAUAAUACCUGCGGAAGCGCCGUCCAGAACACCGGCGUGGGCUCUGUUAUCCGAGAAAGAGAAGACACAUACCACCUGGAAGCAGCUGCUCGUGGCCGCCCUACCUCGUUUCAUGCAGCCGGGAGGCCUCCCGUCCAAAAAGAUAGGGCCGACAUCAUACUUGGAUGCCCUCAGAGGCUAUGCAGCCCUUAUUGUCGUCUUCUUUCACAUAUUUCCCACACCUGAAGCCGAAUCCAGCGGUUGGCGCCGUCAGCCAUUCCUCAACCUGCUCGACUCGGGCAAAGCCAUGGUGAUCCUAUUCUUCGUCAUCUCGGGUUACGCCCUUGGAUAUCGACUUCUCAUUCUGACCAGGCAAGGAGAUGCGGAGAGUCUGCUGAAUGCACUGUCUUCAUCCACCUUCCGGAGAUACUUCAGGCUUUAUCUCAGCAGCGCGGCGGCAUGCGCUUUUUCUUUUCCCUUUGUUCGCAUGCAGUGGUAUAACACUCACAAGGGGCUGUACAAGCCGAGUCUCAUCGACAACAUAAUCGACUUCUGCAUCAAGACGGGCGCGUUCCUCAAUCCCUUCGGAGCGCAGAAGUCUAAUCCCUACCUGUACCAGCUCUGGACCAUUCCUGUGGAAUACCGAGGCAGUAUGGUCCUUUUCUUGGUCAUCCUUAUUACGUGCAAGUUGAGCACAAGGGAUCGCAUGAUCGCCACAUGGCUCAUAAUACUCGCCUGCUAUGUCUGGGAGGUGCGUUUCCAGGCAGAGUUUUUGUCCGGUUUCUUCAUUGCCGAUCUCUCCAUGAGUCGGCGACCUGAGCGUAUGGACCGGCGACCAUCAUUUUCCCGGGGGCGGUCAAUCGCUGGAAAGGUUGGGUGGUCCCUUGUGCUGGUCGUGGGGCUGUUCCUGGUGGCACGACCGAAAGUUGGUAAUCAGCUCGGGUUUAUGAAGUCGGUCCCUUGGGAGUUCCUCGAUUCCCUUGUGCCUUCAUGGUACGGGGCAAGUACUCGAUAUGCUUUCUGGAUUUCUCCCGGCGCUUUUGCAGUGGUGUUAGCGAUCGAAUCAUACCCUACCUUGCAGACGCCUUUCCACUGGCGCAUCUCUCAGUACGUGGGCGACUUAUCUUUCGGUCUAUACGCAAUACACCCACCUGUCGGCCAUACUCUCACCCGCCUCUUGACGGAACCAUUGAGGCAGAAAUUCCUGAACGACACAUUUCUGGCCCAUAUCCCAGGUUUCAUUCUGGUGAUGCUUGCGGUCUUUAUUGCCGCGGACUAUUUUGAGAGGGUGGACAGGAGAUCUGUGCGGCUUGCUCGAUGGCUUCAGAAGAAAGUCUUCGUCUAG